UCCUUCAUUGGGAGAACAAAAUUACAACAGUGUCGUGGCUGCAGCACUUGGAACAGGUCGGGGACCCAGUUCCGUAGCUAUAUUAUCCACUUUCCACGGCAAUAGAGGCGAGUUGGUGGUGGGCCAGCAGCGGGGUUCGAACCCGGGGCGCGAUCAUGGGGUCCCCUUCCAACUCCAGCUUCCCAUUCCCACUAAGUCCCCGGAGGAGGAACCAGGGCCGCACACAACCAGCAACGAAUUGUCGAGAGAUUGUGCAGCUAUGGCGCUGCUCUACUCUGUUGUUGCAUCUGCUGCUACCACUCUAACUGCGGCCGCGUCGAGCAUUGCGCGCCCGAGUUCGGCUCGGAGACAUGGCGAGUUGCGUUUCUGCGCGCCUGGAGCUGGUCGAAUUGUGAAGGUGCCGGCCGGGAAAUGUAGUGCUGUGGCGCAGGCCGGGACGGCUGGGGAGUCUAGCGCUACGGUUGGUGCGGAGCGGCCCUUGUGGUUGCCAGGAACUACUCCCCCAGCUCACCUCGAUGGAACAUUGGCAGGUGACUUUGGAUUUGAUCCUUUGGGACUUGGGCAAGACCCACAGGACUUGCGAUGGUACGUGCAGGCUGAGCUUGUACACUCUCGCUUUGCCAUGGCGGGUGUUGCCGGCAUCCUUUUUACUGAUCUUCUGCGCGCCUCUGGACGCACUGAUAUUCCAGUAUGGUUUGAGGCGGGCGCCACUAAAUUUGACUUCGCAGACACCACAACGCUUUUCGUAGUGCAACUUAUUCUGAUGGGGUUUGUAGAGACAAAAAGAUGGAUGGAUAUCGUUAAACCUGGUUCUCAGGCAGCAGAAGACUCCUUUUUUGGUUUCGAGGCUGCCUUUGAAGGUUUAGAGACUGGGUACCCUGGCGGUCCACUUUUCAAUCCUUUGGGCUUCGCUAACGACCCUACCAAGCCUCAACCCUUGCGGUGGAAAGAGAUUAAGAAUGGCCGACUUGCCAUGGUAGCGAUGGUGGGAUUUAUGGUUCAAGCUUAUGUUACAAAAACAGGCCCCAUAGAAAACCUCUUGACUCAUCUCUCUGACCCGGUGCAUAAUACAAUCAUUCAGAGGAUAGCAAAUUAAUGAUUAACGAUUACUAGUAUAGUUUCAAACUCAUUUAGGUCGUCCACACUGCACAAUUCACAGUUCAAGGAGAGCAAUCCAGUGCGGUCAAGCCCUUAAUCUUGCUAAUAGUAGACAGCUGCUCUCUUUGAAACAAAUGGGGCAAAAUUUAGGAAAGUUUCAGGCCUUUUUCGUCUGCCUAGCAUUUACCGAAAAUCUGCAGAAAUAUCAAGAGUCGCUAUGGUUGACAAUCUAGGUACUAUUUAUUUAUUUAUUUUAUUUAUUUAUUUUAUUUUGAGGAAGAAUCUGCUAGCAUUUGGUGCCAUCCAUGAUGAAUUAUAAUUAACCAGAUGCUACAGUUUACGGGUUAGUUGUAGCAAUCUUUUUCUUCUAGGUCCACCCAAAGCUUUGCUGGGAAGAUAUCAGGUGAAGGUACUACUUUUGUGGAUAAACGAAGUGUGUAGCAUGUGAAAUCACCGGAUGAUGGAGCGCAGGGAUUUUGUUGGUAUCUGCCUCUUUUAUCUCCACUUUCCUGUUUUUCAUUCCUUUCUUCUGUA